AAAACAAAAAGGUUCAAAUCCCUGCUCAACUAGGGAAUCAGAAAUGUCAAUCCAACGGUGAUUAGUGAUGACUGACGACCCUUCUUUUGUCUGACCUAUGACUCUCUCUAAAUCAGUCUCUCAUCCCAUUUAAAUCACGAUUUCGCCGCUUACAAGUUUUCAAGUUUCAACACUCCAUCGUGCGUGCCACAGCCGACCAUCCCAAACUCUAUUUUCUCCUCCUGUUGACCCUCACAAAUUUGCCCUUUUUUUUUCCCUACCUGUUGAGUUUUCUUUGGUUCACUUUAUAUUUAUAAACAGGUCCUUCAUCGCCCUGUUCAGGCAGGCCAAACAGAGAAAAAUAAAAGAGAAAAGAAUACUACUUCAUCUGGGAAUUUUUAGUCAGGUUUUCGAAUGAAAUACUCUGCUGGAGAGAGGAAUAAGUAUGUCAAAUAUACCAACUUCUCUCUCUGAAGUUUGCCUUACUCUCUUUCGCCUUACUAUGUCCAUCGCCGAUCCGUGGCCCUUUUCCUAAUUUCCUUUUCACUCUAGUAAAAGCCUUACAGCCUUAUUCUCGUACGCUACAAAAAACACAAGGGCCAAAGCUCUCUUCUUUCUUGACGUUAUUUCCGUUACCAGGCAGAAUCCAUGAGAAAGAUAAGGGGCUUCAAGAUCGGGAAACGGCUUGUCGGGAUCUCCAGAUGGUUCAUCCGCAAAGCUCGGAAACCACGUGGAUACCAUCGCCUGACACAAGCAGGAUCAUUUUGCAAGUCAAAGACUUUCUCCAAGCUCCUUAGUUGGGGUCGCCGCUUGACAGACGGAGCCAAAUCUAUAUGCUCACUAAAACCCGGGUUGGGUUACGUUCCCAUUGGGAAAGACCCAAUCAACGAAAAGCCGAUGGAAAUUCCCAAAGGACACUUGGCCGUCUACGUUGGUCAAAAAGACGGCGACUUUCAUAGAGUUUUGGUGCCAGUUAUUUACUUUAACCACCCUUUGUUCAGCGAGCUCUUGAGAGAAGCCGCAGAAGAGUAUGGGUUUAGCCACCAAGGUGGAAUCACGAUUCCUUGCCGGAUCUCCGAGUUUGAGAGGGUCCAGACCAGGAUCGCCGCGGGGACCGGUGGAAGGAAAAUGGCUUGGAAGCGCCACCAUUGAGAGGUGGCUCGUGGUGGUGGUGGUAAAGAUUGUUGAUGAUGACGAUAAUUAAUUCUAGUCAAUGACUGUGAUAAUGAUGUCUUUGGAAUUUUUGGUUUGGUAGAAUUUAUUUACCGUUGCUUUUAUAAAUACUUUUCGGUGGACUUUUUCAAAGGCAUGGUGUAAUGGAAUAUCAGGUGUACAUUUAGAGAAUAUUUUUUCUUUAAAUUUACCAUUAUAGUUGUAAUUUAUUUAGAUUUAAUUAGAUUAUAAAUAAUUAUGCCGAAAAUAAUGCUGAAAAUUGUGAUUGAUUGGGAUUGUGAUGAUAAUUACUUUUUU